UUCUCGUUUAGGGUGCUGUGAACGCUUAGAGAAGCCUUCUCAGACACCCCUCCUGCAAACAUAAUCCAGUUUUACUUGAAGAAAUCAGCUCUGGGAGAAGGUUUGGUGAGGGGCUGCGUGAGGUGUCUGCUCGGUCAUACACGCACUGCUGCUUUUUACCGCAGUGCAUCUGCAGCAUCCUGCGCUCAGAGCGACAGAGGUGCCGCUGUGGCGUAGGAAUAAAACACCGUGAACUGGCACGUUUAUUAUAUUUUUAUUUCGGGGUUGGGCUGGCUUUUUUCAUGUAGCCGUGUGUGCUCCCGCUGUGAGUGUUUGUUUUUUUCUGCAAUGCCCUCAAGACCUAAGAAGCGUCUCUGCUACGAUCACGGAGUGAUCAGAUGAGAUAUUUUCACAUUUUUUCACAUUCAGCUGUCAGCGCAGAAAACAGGGCAGCAUCCGAGAGGAGAGGACUCGAGCAGAGGAGGCCUCCACAGCCGGACAGUAGGCUCUGAUUUCAGAGGACAGACAUCUUCAGACCAGCAGAUUGGUCCGCAUUUAUUUCAUAUUAGUAUCGUGUAGCCUGUAAGAGGUAGCCAUUUAAUUCUUACCCAAGAGCAUGCAAAUUAAUUGUAUAUGCACUAGCGUGUAAUUGUAUUGAAGACAGUCUGUAGCUUCCAUGUUGCACAUCAUCUAAAAAGGAAAAGAUAUUGUAAGCUUUGUGUACCUGUGCUGUCUGUAUCUGCUAACAUUGGAGAGCUGAGCAUGUGGCCUCUGGCAGGUUAAAUGACUGAUCUGUGCUUCUCACAUUAGGAUCCUCAGGGAAAAAAUACAAUCAAAUCUCAGGGUGUUGCUCUGGGGAACACUGUGAGUCACCAGAUUGUCUCUGGAUUGUUUCAUAAUUAAAAGUACAAAGCCCACCACUUGGCUGCAUUAGCUGACUAGAUUGAAAGACAGGGGUUGUCUCCAAAGCAGCAAUAAUCUCUGGCAAUAAAUCCUGUAAACAACAGGAAACUGUUGCUGGCCUGUGCCAAAGAUCGGAGACUGGAACAGUGGUCCCACUGUCGGGACAUCAUCAUCGGCAGAUUUCUGAGAAAAAGGCUUGUAGGCGGAUACAUUUUGCACUUUACAAUGCAUGUCUAGCUGCAAGGUUCAUUAUAGACAUUGGCAGCACUUUACUGAUGCACAGCUUGUGGGAUUUAUAGCUUCAGUUGUCUCAAGAUAUUGAAAAAAACAGAAAAUAAUAACCUUCAGAGACUUGAAGGUGCUCCACAUCUUGGAUAGAGUAAAGUUUGGAUUUAAGGAGACUCCUCAUCAAACAACGCAGCUGCUCCAACAGUGGUUGACAUGGCAGCAGCAGCAGCACACCUCCUGCUCCUUUCUCUUCUCUGCAGCCUGUUUGGUGAGUCGACCUUGCUGUGUGUAUCCUCUCAUAAUUUGCUGCUACAUUAUGUAAACACAGAGUAAUGACUGCCUGUCUCUCUCUUGUGUGUAAACAGUGUACCAGUGUCAUGGGGCGUGUGCAGAGGUGGACUCUGACACGGAGGCGGUAGCAGGAAAGGGCUUCAAACUGGGCUGCAUCUCCUGCAAGAGGAGGAGUGAGGUGGAUGGAGCCGCCACAGUCGAGUGGUACUUCAGGCCUAAAGGAGAGGCUGACUUUGUCCAUGUGAGUACAACUGAGAAAGUUUGUAGUCUGGAGCCAGCAGGAAAUGUUCCCGACCAGCACAUUGUGGAGCACAACGUCCUUAAAAUCAAACUCAUCUGACGCUGCGUUCCUCAAGACAAAGACUAUUAAUAUAUGCAUGCUUAAAGAGACACAGCCGAGCUCACUUCCUGUCCAUUCCUCUGCCCUCAAUUACACAACAGCGGCCAGAGCCGAGGCUAUUGAGAGGAUCAGCUGGAAUUGAUUGGGAUAUUUUACACCACAGAGAUCACUGAAGCUCCAGAGAUAACACAUGCUGCCUGUGUUGACCUUGUGUCGGGUCCUCUGGAGGUGGCUGGAGUGGAUGUCGCAAUAAUGCAGCUGCAAGACAGUUGUAGAUAGAAAAGAAAUUAAAAAAAUUAAAUACCAGAUGUGUGGGGGAGUCUGACCGGGGAGAGGGGGAGAAAUGAGGAAACAGGGGCCUCAUUGUGAGAAAGGGGCCGGAGAGACACCCGGGUAAAUAGCUGAGGAAAAGGGGAGCGGCCAGUCGAGAAUUCUUACUGAUCUGCGAUUUACCCUGAAAACUUUCAGUCCAAAACUCUUCAAACAUUCGUGAUCAUCUCGUUUUCUGAGAUGAGUUUUAGAUCAGCUGUUUCUCAGAGCUGUAAAAAUAUCUGUUAUGAAUGUUUAGACUAAUGUGUGUGAAGUGCUGUAUGAUUAAUGUGGCCGAAACCUGAGUGCUUGAGGAGAAGAUCAAUAGGACCGUUAAUGGGCAUCGGCCAAUAUCUGGGCUGAUGAGGUCAAUUUAGAUAACACGCAAAUGAUGUUUGCAUGCAGUUUUGUCAGUCUGGCUGUUGUUGUCUUGCGAUGUUGAAAACCCCCUAAAUGAAAACAGGUCUAUCUCAUGCUUAACGGCAGCAUACGUUCGUAAAACAGACUAAAAUUCACUUCAUCCAAAACAAACAAGACCCUCAGAGACAGUGUUGAUGGAUUUUAUAUUAUGUGGCAGGGUUAAACAAACCAAAAAUGCAGAAUUAGAGAAUUAUUAAAGCAAAAACUUACUAAAAAUGUUCAAACAAAUCUAAAUCCAUAUAUAUUCACACUGGGAAACGAGACACAGGUGAGGCAGACGAGACACAGGUGAAACUCAUGGGUGAUUAACAAACGAGGGAAAACUAGGGAAGUAAAUUCAGACUAGAAACACAAGGAAUCAACAACUACAAAAUCAAACAGGAGACACAGAAAACUGAUUUAAAUGAUAAAACACUGAGAAAAAGAGGGAAACAGGGUCAAACACAAACUGAGAACUCACAAGACAAGAUCUCAGGAACAACAGGGAACAGAAACACUCGGAAAAACACAAAGACAAUACACUCAAAUAAACAACACGAGGAGAUAGCUGAAUUCCUGAAACAACAGACAGUGUUCUCACAAUUUACACCCAAAAUAUUGACAAUAAAUGACAAAUCUGACUGUCCAAAGUGUAAAGGGGUUAAGAUAAAUCUUAACUUAUUUGCAGUAUGUCACCUAACUUCACAGAUCUACACCUACAAUGAAGAUGGCCCCACCAUCGAGCACGAUCACUUCGUGGACCGCGUGGACUGGAACGGGAGUAAGAGGAGUAACGACAUCCAAGACGCGUCCAUAUACCUGCUCAAUGUCACCUUCAAUGACUCGGGAACCUACCAGUGCUUCUUCAACCGCAUCCUCUUCUACAGCUUCUACGAGUACAACACCGUGGUCAGCAAGGUGGUCCACCUCACUGUGGUGGCUAAAGGUCAGAAAAAGAAACAGAAACUGCUGUAUAAUUGUCAGGCUGGAGAGAUGAAGUCAAAACAGGUGUCUUAAAUUAAUCUCUCCAUUUCCUGUCUGCAGCCACCAGAGGAACGGCUUCAAUUGUGUCUGAGGUCAUGAUGUACGUGUCCAUCAUUGGGCUCCAGGUCUGGCUCCUCAUAGAGAUGAUAUACUGUUACCGGAAGAUCGCAGCAGCUGGGGAGGAGGCGUUACGAGAAGCAGCGUAAGGAUUUUCAUCGAACACAUCCGCAUGCUCACAGAGCUCCAAGCAUGUGAAACCCCUCAACCCCUCCGGUGGUGUUGAAGGAACACAGAGUAUUAGCUUUUUUAUGGAUGAGAAACAGACUGCUCAUAUAUCGCCUGGAGGGAGAGGCUUUCAGUCCUCCAUAAAACCUUCAUGGUAGUCUGAACAAAAUGAGCAAGUUUGGACUUUAAUGUGCAGAGAGGUUACCACGGACAUCCCACACCGGAUAAUCCUAAUACUGAUAUAGUUUACGUGGCAAUAUGUCAACAUAUCUAGGCGUAUUUAUUGAGGUGUCCUGACUGCAUAUAGCGUAAAACGGGGUGGUCCUCUAAAGCUGGGACAUCUGGGACAGUUUCCCAAUCAGCGGCGACUCUCGGCGACUCCCCCGCCAAAUGCGCACAAUGCCGCUGUGCAAGUGGUGGAGUGCGUACAACACCACUGUGUAAUGUUGGUUUCAGAAAAUGGAGAGAAAACGUGGAAUUACAGAGAGCUUUUUGGCUUCAAAUCCGUAGACUGGCGGAUGGCGGAACCAAGUUGUCCAUAGUAUACAUAGUCUAUGAUCAUAAUUACAAAAGUUAACACCACUGAAACAUUCAAGUACUUUUUCUUUUUUUAUACUACAGAGGUACUUUGAGAACUUCAUAUAUUUUUUAGAUAUUCUAGCCAAUAAAAGACAAAAACACAGAGAUGCUAAAUACUUAAUAAAGAUUUCAUACGGUUGUUAUCAAAAGAUUAAUUGUAUUUUAUAAACUGAGCAGAUUUCUUCUUGUGCUCAUCUAUACUUUAAAGAGUAUGCCUUCGUCAAGAGGACAGGAAACAUAAUUUAAACGUAUAAAAGUGUGGUUAAAUACUAAAUUAUUAUAAUUACAGAAAAUGAAAAAUAAAAAAACCUUUCCAUCUGUACUAAUGGAGAGAAUACAGGUUCAGGCCUCCUCAUUACUGUCACUUAUAAACUCAAAAGGCUUUGUCCAUAUACAGUCUGUACUUGCAUCACUUGUCCUGGUACAAACAAGUUCAUUUAAAACUGUAUGAAGCUAUUUAAGCUAAUCGGCUUUAUAGCUUUGUUUUUUAAGCUACCUCAGUCUGUUACCGCCACAAAAAGGGGUGAUUUCCACAAAGAUGCGAGACAGCUGUCUGUCUCUUGACUGUGUUUGAAUUCAGUGUAAGGUUAGCCGUUAAGCUAACAAGCUAACUCACGGUUAGCGGCUCGGUUAGCUUGGAGUGCUACUUUUACCCUUUGCUAACCUCUCACUGAAUAAAAACCAACAAAGAUAAAAAUAAAGAGCUUUAAGGGAUUAAAGACUCGGUAUAAAUAUAAGAAGAAGCCUGGUGAGCUUUUGUGACUGCCCAGAAAUAGCACAUGACUGGUUGGCUUGGCAUGUUAGCUGCUAGCUAAGCAGCUAAACCGUCAGAUAUUUUCACACAGCUGAAUUUCGCCGAAGGUUUGAGCAGUGUUUGGUGUGAAAAUAAGGCUUGGAAAGUGUGUAUUUCGCCAUGAAUACAGCCAUAUUUGAUCCAUCUUCAUGUGCUGAAGUCACACAUGCAUCAACUCCCCCCUUGGUUCUUAUCUAUCUCCUCUAUCCUUCGACUAACUUCCUUUUAAGACUAUAUUUCCAUUAUUGUUUGUGUGAUUUCACUUGGUGUGUUUGUCUAUCCUCUCACUCUCCUCUUGUCUACUUGUCAUGUUUUCGUCUUGUCUCAUCCUCCUCCCUAGUAAAAACCAAAACCAAAUCCAAAACCAAAACCUCCCUCCUGUAAGUCAAAAUGAAGAACAAAGACCUGUCAUUAACCAUAGCUGUAUUUUGUUUUUACAUUUUUCACCAAUUUCAUUUCCCUGAAGUAUGAAGUUCAGUCUCUAAACUUUUAUUUCUCUCUUUUCUUUCCAGAAAUGCUGAAUAUUUAGCGAUAGCCUCGGAAAGUAAAGACAACUGUGCCGGGGUGCAGGUCGGAGAAUAGCACAGGUAUGUUGUGGUUAUUGUUUUUCCCAUUGAAGACCUUAAGGCUACUGUCAGGAUUUUUUGGACAGUUUAACAGUCUGACAGUCUCUUCAUGCCUCAUUAUGAUCUACAAAAGCAACCAGGACUGUCAGUGAUGAGGCUGGUUUUCUUUAUUUGGGUUUUCUUGAUGCCAAAAUCAGCUGGCAGUGGGUAGGUGAACUAAAACAGUCUUUUAUUUUUACAUUUUUCAGAACAAAUCCUACUAAAUUCAGAGUGAAAGAGCUACUCAAACUUCAUCCUCUAGUAGGACAAUCAUCUCCUUUUUUAACAGUUCUGACUUAAAUCGAAUAUUCUUGAUUUCUUCAGGGAGUUUCUUACAUUACUGUUGUUAUUUAGUCCACCUAACAACAAGAUUUGAGAGUCUUUGGGGUUAUAUGAAAGCUAGUUUGACCCAUUAUUGUUUCUUUUAAAUUCUAGGCUCCCUCGAUGGACUGCAAACAUCCUUCCAACCGCUGACCUGCAUGAAGACAACUUAGAGGGCAAACUUCUCUGCAUCUCUAGUCUCUUCUUCCCCUUUUCCUCCACAUAGAUCAUUUAUGGAUAUGACAUACAAAGAGAGCAUGGUACCAGCACUGUAUAUAGUCCCCAGCGCAAAAGCAUGUUCUGCACUUCCAUGAGAAACCAUUAUGCAUUAACGAGCCACACUGUCGAAGCAUAUACUGUACAUACAGUAUUUCUCUAAGUCUAUGUAGUCAUACAUUUAUAUGAAACGUUCUUGGUACUCUGGGGGAGGGGGGGAUCUGUUGUAGGCUGAUAUUUCCAGAAAGCUUUUUACUACAUCAACACCACCUAAUGUUUAAAUAAAGAGACACAUGUAUGGUAAAGUUAUUUCUUAAAUAGAAUGUAAUGGACUAUGAUAGACUGUCUUUCCAGUUACUAGCUGUACAUUCAAAAAUAUCUGAAGAUGUACCAAUAAACACUGAAAAGUA